AUGCAGUUGCUCGUGCUCUGGCUGUGCUGCUGCGCUGUACACUUUUCCGCCGGCGGCGAUGCCUCUGCGAUGCUCGAGAAGGCGAAAGCGCAAUUGCAGAGAGGAGAAUCAGCCAAGGCUGAAAAGAGUUUGAGGAAGGUAAUCCGGUCGUCCCCUCACAAUGGGGAAGCGCAUAAUAUGUUGUGUAGGGUGCGGGCGCAGCUAGGCAAGUUUGCCGCUGCAGAGCAGUCUUGCGCCGAGGUGGUGCGACUGAACCCUGGUUCUGGCGGCGCCUUUGCCAAUCUGGCCUACAUGCAGGAACUGCGUGGUGGCGAUGCGCUUGCCGAGGCGGAGUCAAAUUACCGCAAAGCGCUGAGCCUCGAGCCCACGAACGCGAAUGCCGUUGGUGCUCUGCCUGGGAUACUCCAGAGGGUUGGGGGCCAGUUACAAGAUCUCGGUCGCGACAAGGAGGCUGAAAGCAAGUAUGCUGAAGCAGUGCGGUUGAACCCCAAACUGGGCAGUGUGCACCAAUUAUUGGGUGGCCUGCAGCACAAGCGCGGCGACUUGAGGGCCGCAGAGGAGAGCUAUCGCAAGGCGACCAAGUUGUCCCCCAUCGAGGCUGAGGCCGCAGACGUGUUCAAGUGGUUGGGGUUGCUGCAGGCAGCGAGGGGCGCUUCGGAGGAGGCCAUAUCUACACUACGACGCGGUGUCAAGCUGCGCAGGAAGUCUGGACGGCCAGCUGUGUCAUUGGUCAUGAACUUGGGCACGAUGGGCGACGAACAUUUCCGUCAGGCACGCAGUGAGGAGUUCGAAGUCUUCUCUCAGGCGUGCGCGUCUGCAGAGAAGGCGGGCAACGAGGUAGCCUCCAGGCUGCCCGAAGCCCUGAAGGCUGUCAGGCGUUUCGAGGAGAGUGCCGAUUGGAUUGCACCGUCCCUGGUAGAGUACGCUGCCAUCUUCGGCCUGUCCCCCGUCCAAGGUGCCUACGGUGCUGUCUGGUACCCUAGCUUCCGCGACGCCCUGGCGAUGGCUCGAGCGCGAGGGCAUCCUGCCGAGGACGAUCCAGGACUUGUGGUUGUCUUCGGAAUCGCUCUGGGUGAGCAGUGCCUCUUUGCGGUUGCCGCGGGAAUGCGCUGCAUCGGGUACGAGCUGCUCUGCAACAGCACGGUGCAGCCAGGCCGCCAGAUGGUCGAAGAGCGCAGCAUUCCCCGAUGA